UAAGUGACCUUAGCCGGGCACAUGUGAAACUAAAAUAUGGUGAUGCAAUUUACAUGCAAAAGGAAUUAAGUUUUAUUUCCUUAUCAUUUCAUAAUAUAUUCCACCACGCUUUGUCCGAUCACUAAGGAAGUAAUAGCGAUCAUACAUUGAACUAUUUUACUAAGAACCUAUAACAGAAUGACGCAACCUGUCCCAGAAAACAUAAACUUCCCAGCUGAAGAAGAAAAGAUUCUGAAGCUGUGGAAAGAGCUUGAUGCCUUCAAGACAUGCAUAGCUCAAUCUAAAGGAAAACCUAGAUAUUCUUUUUAUGAUGGUCCACCAUUUGCUACAGGCUUACCACAUUAUGGUCAUAUCUUAGCUGGUACUAUCAAAGAUACUGUAACUAGAUGGGCACAUCAGAAUGGCUUCCAUGUUGAAAGAAGAUUUGGCUGGGAUUGUCAUGGACUUCCUGUUGAGUUUGAAAUUGAUAAAACCUUGGGUGUAAAAGGACCAGAAGAUGUUGCAAAAAUGGGAAUCCGGAAAUAUAAUGAAGAAUGUCGAAAAAUUGUGUCCCGAUAUUCUACUGAAUGGGAGGAAAUUGUAACAAGAAUGGGAAGAUGGAUAGAUUUUAAAAAUGAUUAUAAAACAAUGUAUCCCUGGUUUAUGGAAUCUGUCUGGUGGGUUUUUAAAGAGUUGUAUACAAAUGGUCUUGUUUAUAAAGGUUAUAAGGUUAUGCCCUAUUCUACAGCCUGUAACACACCAUUAUCAAACUUUGAAUCAGGACAGAAUUAUAAAGAUGUUGUUGAUCCAGCUGUAUAUGUGAGUCUACCACUUGAUGAAGAUCCUAAUACAUCAAUGAUAGCAUGGACCACAACACCCUGGACAUUACCCAGUAAUCUCUCACUCUGUGUUAAUCCAGAUAUGGAUUAUGUCAAGGUUAAAGAUAAUAAUACAAAUAAACAAUAUAUCAUGAUGGAAGCUAGAUUAUCAGCUUUAUUUAAACAACCAGAUGAAUAUACAGUACUGUCUAAAUUUAAAGGUAAAACAUUAGAAGGUAAAACAUAUGAACCACUCUUUACAUACUUUCAAGAGAUGAAGAAGACAAAUAGUGCGUUUCGUAUUUUAACUGAUAAUUAUGUAACAGCAGAUAGUGGUACUGGUGUUGUACAUCAAGCUCCUUAUUUUGGAGAGGAUGAUCAACGUGUGUGUUUAAAGUAUGGAAUUAUAACAAAAGCUAUGAAGAUAGUUUGUCCUGUAGAUGCUAGUGGUAGAUUUACUGAAGAAGUUACACAUUUUAAAGGCUUACAUGUGAAGGAUGCUGAUAAACAUAUAAUAAAACAUCUAAAAGAAACUGGACGAAUGGUACACGCUUCAACUAUAAAUCAUAAUUAUCCAUUCUGUUGGAGAUCUGAAACACCAUUAAUCUAUAAAGCUGUACCCAGUUGGUUUAUACGAGUAGAACAAGCUGUAGAUAAAUUAUUAGAUAAUAAUGACAAGUCUUACUGGGUUCCAGAUUUUGUGAAAGAAAAGAGGUUUGCGAAUUGGUUAAAAAAUGCCCGUGAUUGGGCUGUCUCUAGAAAUAGAUAUUGGGGAACUCCCAUUCCAUUAUGGGUCAGUGAUGAUGGGGAAGAGUUGGUGUGUAUUGGUUCAAUAGAAGAAUUAAACAAAUUAACUGGUGCUGACAUUAAAGAUCUACAUAGAGAGAACAUAGAUCACCUGACUAUUCCAUCUAAAAUGGGUAAAGGAGUUUUACGAAGAGUCCCAGAAGUAUUUGACUGCUGGUUUGAAUCUGGUAGUAUGCCGUAUGCACAAGCUCACUAUCCUUUUGAACAUAAGAAAGAGUUUGAAGACACUUUUCCCGCUGAUUUUAUAGCAGAAGGCAUAGAUCAAACUAGAGGAUGGUUUUAUACAUUGUUAGUUUUAUCAACACUGUUGUUUGGUAAACCUCCAUUUAAAAAUCUUAUUGUCAACGGUCUUAUACUUGCCAAAGAUGGGAAUAAAAUGAGUAAAAGUAAGAAGAAUUUUCCUCCUGUAACCGAUAUUGUCUCUCAAUUUGGAGCCGAUGCUUUAAGGUUGUAUUUGAUCAAUUCACCUGCUGUUCGAGCUGAUUCAUUAAGAUUUAAAGAAGAAGGUGUUAGAGAUGUAUUAAAGGAAGUGUUUUUACCAUGGUAUAAUGCCUACAGGUUUUUAAUGCAGAAUGUGGACAAGUUAAAUAGAGAAGAAGGUAUAAAGAUAUGUUAUAAUGAGAAUACUGUACAAAUAUCUACUAAUUAUAUGGAUAGAUGGAUUUUAUCUUUUACACAAUCACUGGUUAAAUUUGUUAAAGUAGAAAUGGCCGCAUAUCGACUGUAUACUGUAACUCCACGAUUAGUAAGAUUUGUUGAACAGCUCACUAACUGGUAUGUUAGAAUGAACAGAAAAAGAUUAAAGGGAGAUGGUGGUGUUGAAGAUUGUCAGAAUGCUUUGGAAACUUUUUACAGUGUAUUGAUGACUAUGACUAAAGUUAUGGCACCAUUCACACCAUUCCUGACAGAACAUAUGUACCAGAACUUAAGAACGUUAUUAGAAACAGUUCCUAAUGAUAAAAAAACUGAUAACAGAAGUGUUCACUUUCUGAUGAUCCCCCAACCCAGAGAAUCAUUGAUUGAUGAAAAGAUAGAGGGAGCUGUAUCUAAGAUGCAGACUGUUAUAGAAUUAGGUCGUGUUGUAAGAGACAGAAAAACAUUACCAGUCAAGUACCCGUUGAAAGAAAUUGUUGCCAUUCAUCAAGAUCCUAAAGCAGUUGAAGAUAUUAAAUCAUUGGAAUCGUAUAUUAUAGAGGAACUGAAUGUACGUACUCUCACAACAACAACUGAUAAAGAAAAAUAUGGUGUAAGUUUACGAGCUGAACCCGACCAUAAAACACUGGGGUUAAAACUUAAAGGAGAAUUUAAAGCAGUGAUGGCUGAAAUCAAGAAAUUGACGGAUAAACAAUUGGUGGAAUUUAAAAAAACAGGGGAGAUAACUGUCCUAGGUCAUAAACUGGUGGAAGAAGAUUUACGUUUAAUGUAUGAUGUUAAUACAGCUAAAGAAGGUUCGCAAUAUGAAGCACAUUCAGAGGGGGAAAUUUUAGUAUUGUUGGAUGUAGCACCAGAUCAAGCUAUGAUAGAUGAAGGUAUUGCUAGAGAAGUUAUCAACAGAAUACAAAAACUUAGGAAAAAGGCUAAGCUACAACCAUCAGAUGAUAUAACAGUCUACUAUAAAACUAGUGGUAAAUUAUCUGAGAUUAUAACAGAAUAUAGAGAUUUUAUAUACAGUACAAUAAAACAACCAUUACAAGUUUAUCCACCAGCUUCUAAUGUUAUAAUACAAGAUAGUAUGAAGCUUAAGGAAUAUAACUUAGAUAUUACUAUAACUGGUGAUGUGGUUCCGACAUCAAGUCCUGCAGCUGCUUCAAAUACAUCAUCUACUUCUGUUAAUCUGUCACCAGCUCCAGUUGUUAAUAACAUCAAACCAGUAGCUCCAUUUGUUAAUGUGGUAUUGGGUGGUAAUCUCAAGGCUCAUGAAGGACUGAGUGGUUCUCAAGCUACUAUAUUGUUAGAAAAUCCUGUUGGUCAGAAUAAACUAUCAGCUGAAAACUUAUUACAUCAGGUUCAAGGUGUAUUUGGUUUAAGAGGAAUUAAAGUUCGUGUUUUCUCUGACUUGAAUUUGAAACAAGAACUAACCAAAACAUCCAAUUUACAAUCACUUGCUAGUAAAACACUUUAUGUAACACCUGCUAGAGAUUGUUCAUCUGUUGCUAAUAACAACCUCACCUCUCCAGUCUGCCAUUUUGCUAAUGUAGAUAUAUUAGUUAAAGGUGCUGUUCCUGCUAAAGGAGUACUACUUUUAGAAAACCCAAGAGGAGAUGUUUCAUCUUUUCAACAACUUAAAAAUCAAGUUAGUGCUAUAUUUAAUCUGGAUGGUAAAUCUGUGAUGUUAAGUCGAAGCAAAGAUAAAUCUGGUGCCUUAACACAAGAGAAUUUAAAGGAUGUAUUAAGUCUACACUCUCUACAACUUUAUGUUUUAUAAUAUUCUUCAUCAUAGAAACAAUAUCAUUCACAUAGUGAAAAUUGUUCACAGCGAAAAUGGACCUCAGUCUUAAUUAAUUUAUUUUUCUUUAUGGAAUCCUUUAUUAAUUGCAAAGAUAUUCACCUUGAAUUAAAAAACGUAUAUCUUCAGUUCAAAGUCAAAAAUAUGUACAAAUUUUAAUGUCAGUGCUGUUGUAAUUAUGUAAUUAAACAUAUCUGGAUAUAUAUAAAACAGCUGCAUGAAGAAAGAGCUGACUUGUAUAAAAAAGGUAGCUGUAUUUUUAUUACUUUAUUUUUGUAAGGUACAUAAAGAUGGCAGUAUGGAAUCAGUAGAACCCAAUGUAAACUUUAAAUGGCAAUAACUUCGUCAGAAUUGAUUGAUUUGAAUAUUGUUUGCUUGUGUGUCAUCUUAAACUGAAUAUUUAACCGUUAUUCUGGCAUUCUACAACUUUAAGAAUUUAGUAGGAAACUCCUCAUCUAUUUGAGGCGUUUGCAUAAUUUUUUUUGUGCUAUCUCAUAUGCAUGUACCUGAUUUUGAUUUAGAUUUUUCUGAAAUGACUAAUUAAUAGAUUUGUAAUAUUAAUUAAACUAGAUAAUUUUAAAAGAUUGUAGGAUUAAUUUUGAAAAUAAUAUUGCCAAAAUAAUGGAGGGAAAUUGUACAUUUUGAUCCAUUCUAAUAGAUUCACUUAUUCUAUCAAUACUUGCUUUAUCACACUAGAUACUACAUGCUUUCACAUGAUAUCAUAACUUAAAACUAUAUUAAAAUUGUUAAUAUUACAAAAAAAUAGAAUGUAAAAACUUCCACUGAAAUAGAUACUGUACUAAUUAAUACAAUCAAUUAUUAAAUUAAAUAAAUACAACAAUUGA